AAUGAGAUUAGCGUGUUUCCGCCUAGUGGACUGUAGACCUCACUUCCCUUGCCUUUGCCCUCCCUUCCCGCCCACUCCGAUCUCUGAGAAUGGCGAGGUCAGCGCUGGCGGUGCUGGCCUUCCUCCUGUGUCUUUUCCCCUCCCAGAUCCCCGCACAGUUAGCCGUUGGCCUCACCGGCAAUACCAGUCUCCGCCUCCAACCGCCAAACGAUACUUUGUGCGCGCACCGCAUUCGGCCCGCUGGAUACCAUUGCUCCGAGCACACGGUUCAAACGAAGGAUGGUUAUUUAUUGGCCCUUCAGCGCGUGUCGUCUUGUACUGGGGAUAUAAAAGAACAGCGGGGUCCUCCGGUUCUGCUUCAGCAUGGGCUUUUCAUGGCAGGUGAUGUGUGGUUUCUGGAUUCUUCAGAGCAAUCAUUGGGCUUCAUCCUUGCAGAUAAUGGUUUUGAUGUUUGGGUAGGAAAUGUGCGUGGAACACGUUGGAGUUAUGGGCAUAUAUCUCUAUCAGAGAAAGAUAAGGAUUUUUGGGAUUGGAGUUGGCAGGAACUGGCUCUGUAUGAUCUUACAGAUAUGAUAUCCUGCAUAAAUUCGAUAACUAACACCAAAAUUUUUGUUGUUGGACACUCACAGGGUACAAUCAUGUCUUUGGCUGCUUUCACUCAGCCAGAUAUAGUGGAAAUGGUUGAAGCUGCUGCUCUUCUGUCUCCAAUAUCAUACUUGGAGCAUAUCACUGCCCCGUUUGUACUUAGAAUGGUUAAUAUGCAUCUUGAUCAGAUGAUUCUUGCCAUGGGCAUUCAUCAACUGAACUUAAGAAGUGAUUGGGGAGUCAACCUCUUGGAUUCCAUAUGUGAUGGCCAUGUAGACUGCAAUGACUUGCUAACUUCCAUAACAGGGAAGAAUUGUUGCUUCAAUAACUCGCGGGUGGAUUUCUAUCUUGAAUAUGAACCUCACCCGUCAUCUUCAAAGAACUUGCGUCAUCUAUUCCAAAUGAUUCGGAAGGGUACUUUUUCCAAGUAUGAUUAUGGACUAUUCAAAAACCUAAAGCUAUAUGGUCAGUCAAAACCCCCUGUAUUUGAUCUUGGCCGCAUACCCAAGUCAUUGCCACUAUGGAUGGCUUACGGAGGCAAUGAUGAUUUAGCUGAUCUGAUGGAUCUGCAGCGCACUCUCAAGGAAUUGCAGUCCAAACCAGAGUUACUUUAUCUCGAGAACUAUGGUCAUGUAGAUUUCAUGUUGAGUGUAAAUGCAAAGAAAGAUCUUUAUGAUAAUAUUAUUCUGUUUUUAAGGUCAUGGGGAAGGCCUAGUAGUUUCUGAAAUGAUUGCUUGCAAUAUGUAAAUUGUAUGGUCCGUGGAGGUACUUUCCUUCUUUUUUUAAUAUAUAUAUAUAUAUAUAUAUUUUAAAUUA